AUCAUUAUUCCCAAAAUAUUACAUUUCAGUCCAGAAUAUAAGCCACUGUGUCAGUCUAUCCCCAAUAAUUCAUCAUGUGUCAGCACAUAUAUCAUGUUUCGAACGUGCCAAUCCAAAUAUCUCUUCGAUUUGAUCUCCGCAACACACUUGAUGACAUGUUUGUUUCGUUUAGAACCGGUGCGGUGGCGAUGACGAGCCUCCACUUGACGGGAAAGGAAAUGGAUAAGGCCUCGUAAAAACUGUCUACCGCAGCUAUCGCUUUGCCUACUUAUCCCGAAAAAAAAAGCUGAUUAAUUCACGUUUUGAUCAAAGUUUCUAUUCUUCGAAAUGGGAUCGGAAUCGGAGACCGCCGUCGAACAGCUUUAGUCAAAGGAAUGUGUUUUAGGGGUUUGAUAUGGUGAUACCAAAGCUUUCCACCGUCCAAAAGGCUAAUUAAAACCAUACAACCGAAAAUUAGAACGAUCUAACCUGAUCGUGUUAACGACCGCACAAUAGCUCAGGUUAUGCUAAUGAGAGCAGCCUCCCACUUGUAUUGUCCACCGAGCGAGCUAUUCUUGGCCGAGAGAAACCCUUUUCGGAUAGAAAGCGGUCAAUUUGCAAACAUGCGUACCAGUUGCGAAAAGCCACCCUCCAAGGUCAGGUCGGAAUUCGGAACAGCUAGCAGAUGGCCCCGUGGACUUUGGCGGUUGUUAUCCUGGCAGUUGGUGUUUUACGUAGAACAGUGGACUGCGGUGUACACCAUGAUCGGUGUGUUGAUCUGGACGGAUUCGUUGGACGGUGUGUAAAAUUGUCCAAAUGUGAACCUAUGGCCGAUAUUUGGCGGACUCGGGUUAGAACGAUUAGGCAAAGUGAACGCUUGGCGGAUAGUUUGUGUGGAGGAUAUCGAAGGAAUCCUUUGGUCUGCUGUAUUGACGAUCGCGAGAGUUCUCUGGGCGGUAAUGUGAUAAGUUUUGCGAAACCACCAUGGAGUACAUCUACCAUCAAGGUUCCCAAGUUGAGCACUACUCGCAGAACGUGGGGUAAUUGGAGUUCAACAACAACGGCAAGGACGAAAUCGACAACGAAGUCAACUAGGGCGACCAAGUCAACUAGCAGAACUACUACUUCAAAGAUCGUUGAGGACGAUGAUGAAACUGCAGCUCAACAGAUUACGUUAACCGAGUUCCCGUGGUCUGCCCUGAUUCAGUAUCGGAAGUUAGCUGGCAUCUACGGAUUUCACUGCGGUGGAACCCUAAUCAACGAACGCUACGUAGUGACGGCAGCGCACUGCGUGAAGGCCGUUCCUCGAAAUUGGGAAAUAUCCCUUGUACGGUUGGGAGAGUUCGACAUCAAGAAUUCAGGAGCCGACUGCGAUGCAGAUCAGUGCAGCAGCCCUCCCGUGGAUAUCGAGGUGGAGCAUAUAGUUGUGCACGAAGAGUACGUCACUCGUCUGUUGAGUCAGUACCACGAUAUAGCGCUGAUCAGAUUGGUAACCGACGUUCGCCCAACGAACUUCAUCCGACCAAUUCAGUUGCCAUCUCCAGACAUUGAAGGUCUGUUGUUCACUACCCUUACAACGGCCGUCUCAGCGGGUUGGGGUCGAACGAAAACAGGAUCAGCCAGCACGUUGAAAAUGAAGGUCCUGCUCAACUUGGAGACACUCAGCUACUGUGCCGAGUCGUACAAAUCGUCCGGAAUCAAGCUGAGGGAUGGGCAGCUGUGUGCCAGCGAGUGGCGUGGAACCGGAGUGUGCAGUUGUGACUCCGGAGGACCGCUGAUGGUACAAACGGGUGGACAGUUCUAUCUGAUUGGGAUUGUGAGUCUCGGGCCUGCCAAGUGCGGGUUGAAAAAUGCUCCCGGAGUGUAUACCAGUGUCGUUAGGUACACCGAGUGGAUUCGGAGGAAUAUUUAUUAGGAUGGUGUAUGUUGGUGGAAUUUAUUUAUGUUUAGGAUCCAUUAGAAAUAAUACAUUUGAUAUUCGUGUACAAACAUUGCACGAGUUGCAAUGGACGCAAUAAUUUACACUUAAGCAUGUCAUCAUUGAUACUCACACAAUAUCUAUAACGAGUUUAACCUUCCGUAACUCGCGUGGUUGACCACCACCGCCAGCACUACGCUGAUGCUGAACUCAAAAUGCGAGAUUUUUUCAACGUGUUGUACAAAAUACAACCACGUGAUUGCUCGGGGGUUUAAGUGCUUCAGGGAUUAUGCUGACUCAUCUGGAUAUCUGGGGAAGGAACUGUUCUUAGGUAGAACGUUUCAAUUCCCCAUCGUCGACAUUACUCAUUAUUUCUAAUAUUAAGCUUGCUUAUUUUUGUAUGAUUAUUGUUUUUAUUUCUAGCAGAUAACAAACAGAAAUGUAUUGAUAGCCGAUUGAAUAAUAAACUGACGGAAAAACUCUCAUUUGGAAUUGCAACGUUGAACGGGAUGUUGUUUCUUCAUCGUUUAUUAUUGUUUUAAUUCUCAAUCACAAUUACGUUAGGGUGGCCCUAUAAAAUGCGGUAGAAUUCUUUGUAUCCAAAUAAAAAAACACCGUCGUGCAGAAACGGG